CUACUGAACAGCGAAUGACCCUUUGCCGUUGCCAGUCGUUUAACAGUCAUCACAGAAGACUUAUCAUUUCUCGGUAAAGGAGGUGUCUGGCUUGGGAGAAGCAGAUUUUACAGGAAGAAGAAUCUUGUUCUCUCUCUCUCUCUCUUUUUUUUUUUCAUUUUCUUUUGUGGACCAAAAAUACCAAAAUGGAGACCUAAACCCUUAAAAGGGACAUAGUCUAAACUCGGGGAGGUAGUUUUGUGCAUGAGUAAAGAAAAUAGUUAAUUAAAGUUAUUGGUACCUAAUGAUUGUCAAAUUUUGAAACACGGUUCAUUGAUAAAUGCUCUAACUAUACCAUAAUGAAAAUUGAUAUCUCAUUGUGGCAUAUAGAAAAUAUAAGUGGUCAUAUCAAGGUCAAUAAUCCUUUGAAAGUCACCCAGUGCUAAGAGAAGUGAAUAUUUUCUAUUAGUAUAAAAAUGAAUUCUUUAGAGCAAAGAAUUAGCCUCAGACUUUUUGUGAAGUUAACUAAAUCUUCAAAUAAGAUGUGUCAUGUUAAAAAAGAUUUGUGGGGAUGAAAAAAUAGCAAGACCAAAAAUUUUUGACUGGCAUGAAAGGUUUAAAGAAAGCAAGGAAGAAGUCAGUGGUGGUACAUGAAAUAGUUGUCUAAUCACCUGAAAGACCAAUGAAGAUCACAGAAUCAGAGGAUUUAAAAUUGGAAAGGACCUUAGAGGUUGCCUACUCCAACUCCUUCUGUCCAGUAAAUAAAUCUCCCCUACAGUAUCCCUAAGGUCAUGUGACUGCUGUAUGAACACAUCUAGUGACUCAAACAACUCACCCUACAAGGCAGUCCAUUCCAUUGACGAAUAGUUCUAGGUAGCAAGUAUAGUUCUUUUGUGAGUUGAACUCUGCUCCCUGGUAACAUCUGUAAUAUUCCAGAUAUUGUGUGAUUAGCACAGAUUACACUAAGACUAUGAGGUGCUGAAAGGGUCUGAAAUUUAGUUCAGUCACAUAGUCAUUGGAAGAGUGAUGAAUGAAAAGUUAAAUUUAGAUAAAGAUGGAUUUACUCAGGAAAAAAAAUAAAACUUGAACAUGGAGAAUGCUUCUGAGAAAUAUAUGCUGCAUUUUGCUGACUUGGUAUUUGAUCUUUCAAGGAGAGCUAGACAAAAUAGAAGCAUUUGUUGAACAUAGAGAGCUAACAAAAAAAUGCUGUAUAAGUCAAACACUAUUAAAUAUGUUAACUAUUAAAGGCUGGUGGUAUACUGUUGCAUCAUAGUUACCUGAAAUAAUGUAUGUACUUCAAAGUGUUUGACACUAACUAGGGGUCAAAAACACUUUACAUACCUCCAAAGGUAUCUACCUUUAACCAUUAAGUUUAUAUAAUGGCACAUAUAUAAAGAAUAUAAAGACAGGGAUAUGUAACUUCAAAAUGUGUUAUACCCCUUUCCAAAGUAUGUGAAGUCUCUAGCUACCAUAAUAAAAUUUAGGAUAUCUCCAUGAAACUCACAUAUUUGGCAUGAAAAAUUAUAAAGAAUUUUAUUUCAAGAUUUUUAGCCUGGAACUAAAACCAUGAAGGAUGCACAAAACUACCUCCCCAGAGAAAGACUUGUCCCAUUUUUGCCCCUGGAAUCUCAUGAACAUAGCAGAAGAUAGCAACCUAUGUGAACUGAAAUUCGACUUUUCUUGUGAACUGUACAGAAUGUCUACAUUCUCUGCUUUCCCAGUCAAUGUUCCAAUCUCAGAAAGAAGUCUUGCUCGGGCUGGAUUUUAUUACACUGGUGUGAACGACAGAGUUAAAUGUUUCUGUUGUGGCUUAGUGCUGGAUAAUUGGAAACAGGGAGACAAUGCUAUUGACAAACAUAAACAGCUGUAUCCUAGCUGUGCCUUUAUUCAGAAUUUGAUUGCAGUUAACAAUCUAGGAUUUUCCUCUCAGUCUGCGUUUUCUUCUUCAGAGAUGAAUAAUGACACAUGCUCUUUAUCUCCCAGUUCAAAACAGAGUGUAUAUUACAGUGGUUCUUACUAUAGUUUUCCACCCGAGCCACUGACUUCCAGAAUAGUUGAGGACUUAUCCCCUUUGAACAACAGCCCCUACUGUUAUUCAAUGAGUACUGAAGAAGCUAGAUUUCUUACUUACCAGACAUGGCCACUGACAUUUAUGUCACCAUCAGAUCUGGCAAAAGCUGGUUUUUACUAUAUAGGACCUGGAGACAUGGUAGCUUGCUUUGCCUGUGGUGGGAAACUAAGUAAUUGGGAACCAAAAGAUGAUGCCAUGUCAGAACAUGAGAGACAUUUUCCUAACUGUCCUUUCCUGAGAAAUCAAAUCCAAGAAGCAUCAAGGUUCAGUGUUUCUAAUGUGAGCAUGCAAACCCAUGCAGCCCGUAUGAAAACCUUUGGGACCUGGCCACUUCAAAUUCCAGUUCAUCCAGAGCAGCUUGCAAGUGCUGGCUUUUAUUAUGUGGGUUGCGAUGAUGAUGUCAAAUGCUUUUGCUGUGAUGGUGGACUGAGGUGUUGGGAAUCAGGAGAUGAUCCUUGGGUGGAACAUGCCAAAUGGUUUCCAAGGUGUGAGUACUUGAACAGAAUGAAAGGACAACAGUUCAUCUGUCAAAUUCAGGCUAGUUAUCCUCGUCUUCUUGAACAGCUGCUGUCUACCUCAGAUACUACAGAGGAUGAAAGUGUUGAGCUACCAAUUAUUCAUUUUGGACCAAGAGAACACCAUUCAGAAGAUGCAAUCAUGAUGAAUACAUCUGUGGUCAAAGCAGCUUUGGAAAUGGGCUUUAAUACAAGGCUAAUAAAACAGACAGUUCAGAGUAAAAUCUUAACAACUGGAGAAAAUUACAAAACAGUCAAUGAUCUUUUGUCAGAUUUACUUAAGGCAGAAGAUGAAACAAGGGAAGAGGAGAAAGAACAACAAGCUGAGGAAAUAGAAUCAGAUGACUUAUCAUUAAUUCGGAAGAACAGAAUGGCUCUGUUUCAACAUUUGACCUGUGUGCUUCCUGUUCUGGAUAGCCUAUUGACUGCCACUGUGAUCAGUGAACAAGAAUAUUAUGUUAUUAAAGAAAAAACACAGAUAUCUUUGCAAGUCAGAAUGCUGAUUGAUACCAUCUUAGUUAAAGGAAAUGUUGCGGCCAACAUAUUCAAAAAAUGUCUCAGAGAUUUUGACCCAGUCUUACAUGAGAAUUUGUUUGUGGAAAAGAACAUAAAGUAUAUUCCAGCAACAGAUGUUUCAGACUUGUCAAUAGAAGAACAGUUGAGGCGAUUACAAGAAGAAAGAACAUGUAAAGUUUGUAUGGACAAAGAAGUAUCAGUUGUCUUUAUUCCUUGUGGACAUCUAGUAGUUUGCAAAGAAUGUGCACCUUCUCUAAGAAAAUGCCCCAUUUGUAGAAGUACAAUCAAGGGUACAGUUCGUACAUUUCUUUCAUAAAGAAAAGUCAAUUAUCUUCCAAACUUUCAUAGCUAAGGAAUUUGAGAUGUUAUCUUAAACCUUCAGAACUAAAGAUUAUUAUUCUUUGUACCUGAUUAACUUCUAUUCUGACUUGUUUUUCCCUCUCUCCCACCAAAAAUAAAGGUGGGAAGAUGAGAGGAAGUAUCACAGUUUGCUCCUGAACAAAGAAAGGAAUGUAGACUGUUAGAGGGGUUGUAAUAAUUUAAUGUUUCACAGUGUGAAAUUUGUAAAUGAACAGACUUUUGAGAGUUUUUAUUUAAUGUUUCUGACUGUUAUUUAUACUGUGGGGGAAUGAUGGGAACUGAAAAAUACAGCAUUUCAUAGUUCUUGCACUCUACCUCUUGGUAAAAUGGGAAAUAAAACAUGAUAUAGGGAGAAGUUUCAUAUGUAAUGAAUCUAUAAUGAAUAAUGUAAUAAAGUAAUCCAAAAAGGC